UAGAUAUUAAGCGAAAAGGAUAACCAAUAGAAAACGAGAGAAAUAUUUUACUAUUCAACUAUAUUGAAAAACCCAUUGAGAAAAAAACCGACAAGACGCAAGACUGAAUUAUAAAUGUAUUUUCACAUAUCUACAUUAAGGAUAUAAAUAUAUGAAUAAUUCCUUGGCAUAAUUUUAAAACAAUGGCCGCCUCGAUUUUAUUUGGAAAUGCUGAGAAAUGUUUCGAACAUCUCGGACGCGAAGCUUUCGGUAAAGGAGACGGUCUUUACUGCAACGGAACAUUCGAUUCGAUCUUAUGUUGGCCAGCUACAAAAGCAGGAGAAGUUGUUCGACAAAAAUGCCCACGUUUAAGAGGACUUGACCCUAAUCGUUUGAGUGAACGUCGUUGUGGACUUGACGGCUAUUGGUUGGGCAAAUAUCAAAAUGAGACUUCAAAUACAAAUGGGUGGACAAAUUACACAGGAUGCUAUAUACCGGAGGUUUGGGAUGUUUACAGUAAAAUGUUCGUCGAUAAACCAGAAGCGACCAAAUUGGCAUUGAAAUCGAUCGCUUACGGCACACGAACAAUGGAAAUCGUUGGACUAACCAUAUCUCUGGUCAGUUUGUUGAUCUCUAGUUUUGUCUUCUUGUACUUCAGAAGUUUGAAAUGUCACCGCACCAGAAUACAUAAAAACCUGUUUGGAGCUAUGAUCAUUCAAGUGGUAAUAAGACUGCUGCUCUACAUUGACCAAUUUGUAUCGCAACAAGAAAGUCAAUAUCUGAUGGUUGACGGCCGUUUGUCUGUGAUCACGUCAAUUCCGUCCCUGUGCAAAACGGUGUACAGUUUAUUGGAAUAUUCGAAAACAGUAUGCUUCAUGUGGAUGUUUCUCGAAGGAUUUUAUCUUCACAACAUGAUCGUCGUGUCCGUAUUUUCGGGCAACCCAAACUACAAACUCUAUUACCUUUUAGGUUGGGGUUCACCAAUCGUCUCAACCGGCGUAUGGGCAACAGUAAUGAUAUUCUACAGCGAAUCCAGUUGUUGGCUGUCCUAUUACUUCUUUCCUUAUAUUUGGAUAAUGGAUGGUCAACGAUUGGCUGUGAUCGUGAUAAAUCUCACAUUUUUGUUCAAUAUAAUGAGAAUAUUAAUCACCAAACUUCGUGAAAGCCACACCAAUGAAGCGGAAACACUAAGAAAAGCUGUAAAAGCAGCCAUAGUGCUUCUUCCGCUACUUGGCAUUACCAACUUCGUUGUGAUGAUCGAACCAUCUCAAGAGAACGUAGCCCUCUUUGGUACCUGGGCCUACAUAUCAUAUUUCCUCAUUUCCUUUCAGGGUUUUGGUAUUUCAUUGAUAUACUGCUUCCUUAAUAGCGAGGUUCAGUCGGCAAUUAAGAAAAAAUGGUACAACUUCCGGCUUGCGAAUACCGGAAAUCGACGUUUUAUGAGGACUAAUUCCGUUUACACGUCUGUCUCAGAAGUCCAAACAGUGCCAAUGUAUCAGGUGGAAGCAACCAAAGUAAGAAAUGAAGCCCAUGCCAUUCCACUGUUACCAAACAGCGCAACAGUUGCCGACGAAACGAAAAUCGAAAUACGGUAGAGAAAAAGACGAAAUCUUGUAUAGAGACAGCAACGUUUUAUAACAAACAUUAAGAGCGAAUGUGUGUGUGUAUGUGUGUGUGCCCUUGUUUGUGUGUGUAUAUAUACAGUAUAUAUGGUGUACAUGGAUGUAGAUUUAGAAGAAUGGAUGGGGACAGAAAAAGAAGACAGAGAGAUCAAAUCAGAGGAAGGAAGAGGAGGAAGAGAAUUGAAUUUUUUUUUUCUUUUACUUUUGGACUGGGCUGCAAAGAUAUAAACUUCAUAGAUGAGCAAAAUGCAUUAAUUCACUUAAUCGGGCGCACGGUUGUACGGAUUCCAUUUAUUUUACUAAGCUCCGGAGAAAUGAAAAGCAAAAUUGAAUUUUAAAUGAGAAAUUUUGAAAGAAAGGCAUUUAAAAACAAUAAUAAAAUACAUCUCAGAAAAUAAGAAAGCAAAAAAGGGAAAGAAUGCAUGGGGAAUGAGAGAAGGAGGAAAUUGCGAAUAGGGAAUGAGAUAAAUAUAUGUGUAUGGGUGUAUGAGAGAUAAUUAGAGAAUGGAUGAAUAAUAGGAAGAGCGGAAAGGAAAAUGGAUGACAAAGACAAAGAUAUAAGAAUAAGAGCAGAAUCGAAAGACGACUGCACACGUGUAUGUGUGUGUGUGUGUGUGUGUGUGUGUGUGUGUGUGUGUGUGUGUGUGUGUUCCCAUUUCGAUUUUGUAUUUGGUUUACAAGUUUCUUGAUGUGAAUUCGUGUACUGAAAUAAAUUUUGUUGUCUUGGUAGGGUCAUUACACCAAUAAUAAUAACACACGCCCUGGUCCAAUACCACUUCUAGGUUGUUAAUUAAUUGUUUGAAUAUCUAACCAGCCAAUUAAUCGAUCAUUUUUUCAAGGUGUUGUUAUUUAACCAAUUGACUAACAUUAAAAAGAAGCGGUAUUGAACCAGUGUGUGUGUGUGUGUGCUACUAUUAUUGGCAUAAUGACCCUCCCAAGACACAACAAUAUACUAUGUGUGUGUGUGUGUGUGUGUGUAUGUGUGUGUGUGUGUGUGUGUGUGUGCAUAUGUAUGUGUGUACGUGUGUGUGUUUCGAUGCCUUCGUCAGUAUACGUGUGAGUGCGCGGUACAUUCCUGGUGAUUUAAUGUGCGACCCGAGUUCUCUUACAUUUUGCUACACUUUUUUAAUACAUCAGACACUUUUUUGCACUAUUUUUUACGAACGUUUCUAUAUUUACUCCAGGAAUCCUAAAUUCAGGUCAAGAAUAUCACUUGGAUAUGGAACACUGGGGCAAAUAAAAUAUUCUUGUGCUCAUUGCAAAUGAUUUACAAGUCUUCGAACGACCGUUGGUAUAAUCCAUACACUUUGAAAGAGAAUGCAACCGAUAAAAUCCAUUUCAGCGGUUUUGUGUUUAUUUUAUCUCAGAAUGAAAGGCAUCGUCAACAUCAGCAGGAUUUGAACUAAAAACGUUUUAUAAAGCAGUUUAUAAAAGAAUAUUGCCAGGUUAUUUGUUCAGCCAAACAAUGGCUCCAAUGCUAAUAUAUAUAUAUACAUAUUGGUAUAUGCAUGUGUGUGUGUGUAUACAUACAUAGAUAUAUUUAUAUACAUAUUGGUAUAUGCAUGUGUGUUUGUGUAUACAUACAUAGAUAUAUUUAUAUACAUGCAUACACACGCACCUACAUCUAUGUGCGUGGUGUGUGUAUUGUGUGUGUGUGCGUGUAUAUAUAUAUAUAUGUGUGUGUGUGUGUGUGUGUGUGUGUGUGUGUGUGUGUGUGUGUGUGUGUGUGUGUGUGUGUUGCCAAUUAAAUUAUUGUCAAACUGACGAUGUCUUAACUGGCCGAAACUUCCAGGUCUCUGUCAGUAAUAUUUUAGUUUAAGAAUAAUAUAUUUCUACUCUACAAAUGUAUAGAGUUACUCAUUAAAUUAUUGUAAAAUUGUUAAUUGAACAUUAAAAAAAAAAAACAUAAAGAUAAACGUUUCAUUAAAUAUACGACUAUGGUCAAUAUUUUCCAUACUUUCUUAUUAGCUUUUGACAACGGUUUCCAAAAUAAGUUCCUAACUUCAUAUCCGACGUGUCUAGGCGUUCGCAAUUUCAUUAUCAAGAACUGAAUUGAAGAUAUUUUCCGUUUGUGGUGUUUCUUAUAGACUGAUUGAAUUCGUGUAGACUUUAAGAAACUAUUAGAUUGAUUUACAUUUGCUCAUAUUAGCGAAUGAAGAUGCGAUAACUUACAACGUUAGACAUUUCUAUAAUAACAUUCCAUGUUAGUACUAAAUAACUGAUGGAUUAUUUGUGUAGCACAGUUAAACUGUAAGCACGCUGAUAUAAUCAAUUAAACUCAGAUAAAAUUGUAUCUAAUUUCAGAAAAAAAAAAUAGCAAGCUGAGUGUAUUUACAAUCUGAUAUAAGCAGUAAAAACGGUUUCUUUAUCAUUCGGAAAUCUUUCAUUUAGAGUUGAUGCAACUAGUCUAUUAACCUUAACGGUUUCACAAAUUAAUCGGACGUAAUGUUUUUGCUAUCGUCAUUAUUAUCAUAUCUAUUAAGAAAGCGGCGAACUGGCAAACUGGUUAGAGCAUCGGUAUAAAUACUUCAGAAUAUUUGUAACUGAACUUUAUGUUAUGAGUUCGAAUCUUGCUGAGGUCAACUAUGCCUUUAAUCUUUUUCGGGUACCAAUCCAAUAAUAGAGUCGGUGUGAUCGACUUACCCCGUCCCGCUAAACUUCCUGACCAUGUACUAAAAUUAGAAAUAAUUACGAGUUCAAAUUCUGCCGAGGUUGACUUUGCCUUUCAUCGGAAUCGAUAAAAUAACUAGCAGUCAAGUACUGGGGGAGGACCAAUGUAAGUUCUGUUCAUUUUUCCUUAUGCCAACAUAAGAAAAAGUUAAGGCGGCGAGGUGACAGAAUUUUUAGCGUAUCGGACAAAAUGGUCGGUGACAUUUCUUCCGGCUCUUUAUAUUCUGAGUUUAAACGCCAUCAAGGUCAAAUCUUUUCAUCCCUUAGGGGUCGAUAAAAAAGAUAAUGUCGAUGUGACCGACUUUUCCAUCUCCUCAAAAUUGCCGGGCUUGUGUGACAAGUUAGAAAAAUAUAUUAUCACAUAUUUUCGAACAGGGAUUUCAGAUAGAUCUCAAGAAAUUGCUGUCCUUGUACCAAAAUUUGAAACCAAUUCCUCAAUAGGUGGUCCAAGAACCGACCAUGCAAAUUUUUUUUUUCGAGCUGGCAGAAUCGUAAGCGCGCCGUACAAAAUUCUUAGCGGCAUUUCGUCUGCCUUUACGUCCUGAAUUCAAAUUCCACCAAGGUCGACUUUGCCUUUCAAGGUCAAUAAGUACCAGUUGAGUACUGGGGUCGAUGUAAUCGACUUACCUCCACCCUUGAAAACAUUGGUCUUGUGCCAAAAUUUGGAACCAAUAUUUAUACGACUACAGGGCAGCGAGAUGGCAAGAUUUCUUACCGCACUGGGAAAAUGCUUAGCGUUAUAUCUUCCGACUUUACGUUCCGAGUCCAAAUGCCACCAAAGCCGAUUUUUCCUUUCAUCCUUUCGGUAUCCUUAAAAUAGGUACCAGUUUCGUACUGGUGGGGGGGGAUGUAAUUGACUAACACACCGCCCCCACCGGAAUUGCUGGAGUGAUGCAAAAAUAUUUAUACGACUAUAAUAUUUCUGUUAAACCUAUAAAUGUUCAUAUUAAACCCAUUCAUGUUAAACCUAUUCUAUAUGAAUUGAUAUUUGUGGUGAAAAUUAUGUAACGAAGCCUUAGGUGUAGACAUGGUCGUCUGCUUAAGAACAGUGGUUCGCAAUGGCGCUGUUACGGAGUUGAUCGCAUGGAGCGACAUUUAAAAUAUACGAUGAAAAUGAAAUUUUGUAGACGUUACCGGUGAGUAAAGCCAUCGAUUGUGUAGGUAAAUAUAAACAUGUGAUGAACAGACUCGGCACGUCGGACAAAAAAACUUGUGACAUUUAGUACCGUUUCUAACAUGUAUAAUUAUUCGAAAGUCUAAUUGCUUAGAAAAUCGGUAUGAAUUUGGUGUGCUAACACAGGAUACUAUUAAAAGGAAAAUAUUUAUAGCACAUGUUUGUACGAUAAUGGAAGCUAGCGGACCGUCGUUCGAUAAUCAGAACUUUCCAUGAAUAGGUCCUAAAUAUGUUGCAUAUUUUCCAACUACAGGGAAUUUUAAUUUCAAAAUGUUGGAACAUUGUCUGUGGCUCAGCAUAGACACAGACAAUAAGAAAAUUGGAACUUGGGUCGCAGAUUUGACUCACCAGGAACUUACCUCUAGCCGUAGGUCAUGAAUGCGUCUGCGACAUUAACAGUAUAUUGCAUAUGAACGUAGAAAUUGAGAAUACGAUUGGUGGGGUUGACUGGAAGGAUUGGGAAAUAGAAUAUGAGAAAAUGGACACCAAAAAAGAUUUGUACAGAAAAGAAGCAAUUAACACUCAAGAAAGAAUUUGUGGUGUGUGUGUAUGUGUGUGUGUGUGUGUAAUUUUAUAUCUGACAUCAUAUACGAGCAUGAGAAUAUAGGUGUAUGACUAUAUUGAUUGAUUACUCAUCUUCACAUUGUUACGUUCUUUGCAUGGAGUAAAAUAAUAAAAUAAUUUAAAAAUAUAAAUUUUCAUUAAUAUAUAUUUCAAUUUAUACUUUGCUGCCAUACCUACAAAAGUGAGCAGAACUGAACAAUGGAAGACCAAAACGAAAAAUUGUUUGGAUUGCAACAGUAUGAGAACAACACUAACAUACAGCCCCACAAUUGUAUUCUACAAAGACCAUAAUAAUAAUUAUGAUGAUAAUGAUAAUGAUAAUAAUAACUAUUAUUAUUUUCACUAUUAUUGUUAUCAAUAUUAUGAUUGUUAGUAUUGUUUUAUUUUGUUAUUGUUAUUAUUAUUACUAUUAUUAUUAUUAUAUAAAAUCGUUGUCAUUCAUCGAACUGUUUAAUAAAAUCACAUGAAAAUCUAAA